CGCGUAGCAUUCUGAGAUCAAAGCUCAACAAACACGGAUAGCAAUACAAACAUGGGAAAAGUUGUCACGUCGGCUAUGAACAUAUACUGUCCAGACUGUAACCCCGCUUCAGUUGCGGAUAUGACGUCCUGUGAGCAGGUGGCGCUAGUGUGCAGCAAGUGUCUCCAGCGCAGACUUGAACAGAAGAAGACGAUACAGGAAAUAGUCGACACAGAGAUCAGCUAUGGCCGAGAUUUGCGAAUUCUCAAAGAGGAAUUCUACAAUCCAAUGAAAGCCACUGGAUUAUUAAGUGUGGAGCAGCUGGAGAUGGUGUUUAUUAACUUGGAGGAACUGAUAAACGUAAACGCCCAGUUUACGGAGAAACUGCAGUGUGCAGUAUCUGCCUCCUUACAGAUUAAUAACCACUAUCUCAACAAUGUCCACAUUGGACGGCUGUUCAUCGAAUCGUCGCAGAUGUUCCAUGCGUUUGAGAUGUACUGCGUGGGCCAGGCACUGGCCUCACAGACCCUCGAACAGUUGGAGCGAGAGAAGGAACUACUGCAUGUCUUCCUGCAGGUGUCACAGAGAGACAACGCUGUGCUGCGACGCAUGCACCUCAAGUCUUUCCUCAUGGUGCCCGUCCAGAGGAUAAUGAGAUAUCCACUGUUGUUAUGUCGGUUGUACAAGUCGACUCCAAACUGUCACAAAGACAAGGAAGAUAUAAAACAAGCGCAGGAGAGGAUCGAGGACAUCCUCAGUCACAUUAACGCAAGAACGAAAAGCAGUGGGAGUUUUCACAUAAAGCGAAAGCGGACACAGCAGAGAAAGUACAGCCCUACGGAGAAGAUUGAAGUUAACAGAGUAGCACUUGAAGUUCUUGGCUGGAAUAAGAAAGAGGUUACAGAACUCAUAACCAGUCGACUCAUGGUUGCCACGACGACCGACCACAUGUGGGCAGCGAAGAAAUGCAAAAAUCUGAAAUUUACUCAGAUACAUGGAGCCAUUCUCACCCUUGGACAGGCUCGUCUUGAAAGAAGAAACAGCGACCAUUUGGUGUUUCCUCGACACACUCAAGUGCAGCAGGCGGCCGUGGUGUUAGUACGGGAGAAGAAUGGGAAAUAUCAAGCUGCAAGGGAUCCGAUGUUUCUUGAUAAAUGCGUGAUAACGGUCGAUCCAGAGUAUGACGAGGUGUUUGAGCUACACGAGUGGGGCCGAGAACCGUCUGUCUUUAAGGCUGAAGAUCCCAGUGAAACGAAAAUGUGGAUUCAGUUGCUUCGGCAACAGACACGAGACCUUGGUAAAUGGCGAAUGCGGCGAAACGCCAUGCCGAACAUUAUGAUCAAAAACAUGAUCUGAACCUGUUACCCGCGACACACAGUGUUUUCAACUUGUCCGACUUUUAUCCCAAAAAGUCCCAAAAAACUGUGCCAUUGAUUUGUUGUGGCCAUUUACGGCCUAAAGUUCUUGGCUGGGUUGAUAGUGAAGACUGCCAUAUGUUUCGGUUUUAGCUUGAAGCGAAGGACACAUUGAGCAAUAAAUGAAAGGAGGAGAACAGGAAAGUGGAUUUACUGAAGAUAAAUAAUCUGAAUUUGCUACCGAAUAAUGUGGAUUUGCUACCGAAUAAUGUGGAUUUGCUACCGAAUAAUGUGAAUUUGCGAAAGACAUUGAGCUACCUAAAGAUGAAAGCAUAUUUGCUAAAGACAAACUGAGCUACAUUGUGCUUAAAUGCAUUUGCUACAGCGGAUUGUGGAUUUUCCACUGAUGAAUGUGGAUUUGCUACUGAUGAAUAUGGAUUUGCUACUGAUAAAUGUGAAUUUGCUGAUGGCAAAUUUAAGCAACAUAUGCAUGUAGACUUGCUUCAGACGACUGGAUGUGAAUUGGGACUUGAUAGACACAAAUGAACAUUUACUUAGAUGAAAGUGGAUUUGUUAGAGACAGAUUUUCUGGACAAAUGCAGAUUUUGCCACAAAUGUAUGUGGAUUUGCUGUAGACACAUGUGGACAUGCUAGACACAAAUACAGAUUACUUCAGAUGAAUGUGGAUUUGCUACAUGAUGGACACAAACAUAGAUAUACUUCAGAUGAAAAUGAGUUUUCUAAACAGAUUUGCUCAACAAAUGUGGAUUUGCUGGAGACAAUUUUGGAUUUGCUACAGAUGAAUUGAGAACUGACAGAGACAAAAUUAAUGAUUUCCUUCUAAUGGAAGUGGAUUUGCUAGUCAAAUGUGAAUUUGCUACAGACAGUUAUAGAUUUGCUACAAGUGAAUGGACAUAUGCUACUGACAAAUGUGAAUUUGCUACAGACGAUUAUAUAUUUGCUACAGGUGAAUGGACAUAUUAUGCUACUGACAAAUGUGAAUUUGCUACUGAUGAUUGUAGAUUUGCUACAGAUGAUUGUAGAUUUGCUACAGAUGAAUGGACAUAUGCUACUGAUAAAUGUAGAUUUGCUACAGAAAAUAAAGGUGUCAUUUCCAUGACUCAGAACUAUAUCACCAGAGUUUUAAUAACUCAGCCUUGGUAGACUUUUUGCAAAGAUCACCUUUCUAUUAUGGUGAACACUGUGUAACCUAAAUUCUAUAACUCGGCUUUAUAGGACUUUUUGUAAAAGUUGUACUAAUUCAGCAUUACUAUUUAUUUAUUUUGGAGAUCACAUUUCAGUCAUGAUUAGAACUACAUGACCUGAGUCUUUUAGUUUUUAACAACACAACUUUGCUGGACUCUAGGUUAAAAAACUGUUUUUUCUUCUGUUUUCUGAAUUGAUCUUUAAUAACCUGAGCCCUGUGUACAGAUUUUCUAAGCUAUUUUAGCACUACAAUAUUGUAAAACUGUCAUAAGCUGUGACGUCACAACAAUGCAUGCCAUAGCAUAUGAUGGUUUUACAAUAUCAUAGCGGUAAGAUAGCUUAGAAAAUCUGGGCCCUGGAUUCUUUAAACUUUGCGAUCUCGUAGUGCAAAGACAAUGUGAUGUUUAAAAUAGCUUGAGAGAACUUAAGGGAGCUUAAGACAGCUUUGUGAAUUAGACUUCUAGUCCAAUAUGACUUGUUAAUGACUAUGUUUUAAAAGCUCACUCUUAUUACUGUACACUUUUGAUAACAACCAAGUUGCUAUGAUGAAAGUUACUUAAAUUAUUAGGACUGAACUUUAGAGACUCAGCCUUGCUGGACUUUUUGCUAAGAUCUAAUUUCCAAUUUUAAAAAGAACCUUGUUUCAGGGUUAGCUCUUGCACUUGCAAAUUUUUAUUUUUAUUUGACAAAAUAAUUUGGUAUAAUAAUUGAUAUCUUGUUACAAAUUAAGUGGGUUUGUACCAUUUUUGAACUUUGAUAGAUAAUUUGGUAUAAUAAUUGAUAUCUUGUUACAAAUUAAGUGGGUUUGUACCAUUUUUGAACUUUGAUAGAUAAUUUGGUAUAAUAAUUGAUAUCUUGUUACAAAUUAAGUGGGUUUAUACCAUUUUUGAACUUUGAUAGAUAAUUUGGUAUAAUAAUUGAUAUCUUGUUACAAAUUAAGUGGGUUUGUACCAUUUUUGAACUUUGAUAGAUAAUUUGGUAUAAUAAUUGAUAUCUUGUUACAAAUUAAGUGGGUUUAUACCAUUUUUGAACUUUGAUAGAUAAUUUGGCAAACUUUUCUGCUCAUACCGAGCUUGCCCUUUAUUUAUAGGAAUUUAGUGUUAUGAAAUAUUUUCGUACUUUUUAUUACCCACUAAGCUUUUUUAAAUUAUGAUUAAUCAAACUGAAGUUUAAUUGUGAUAGUGUGAAUUGUGUUGCUGUUUCAGUCAUGUUGAAUUUGUUAAUAAUUAUCACAAACUUAAUAUAUUUCAUUGACUACAACAAUCUAUAAAGUAAUCUAAUUUGCAUUGAAAACAUUGGUAAUGUUAAAAAGAGUUUAAAAAAGUCAAAAUGUAUGUUUAAAAAUGAUUGCAUGGUCUUGCUUGGGGUGGGAGUUUGAAUAUAAACCUACCAGACCCUUUUGUCUUAAUUUCCCCCCUGUAUAGAGAACCAUGAAAAAUUGCUUUACCCUCACCAGUUUUUCUUUAUGGUAGACGAGACAAUUAUUUUUGGUUAAAUCCAUAUAUUCAUAUACAUGCAGACAUACACAGACAUAAAUACACAUACGUACAUUGGAUAUUAAAAAAACUAAAACAUUCACACCUGCACCCCCCACCCCCACCCCACAGCACCCCACCCCACCCCCACCCCCACCCCCGAUAUGAUCAGUUUUAGAUCAACCACAAUCUUAACUGUUCAGUAUUUUAGUGCAUAAUUAUUUUUGUUCAUCGUUAAGUUUUAUAAAUAUAAUUUAUCAUAAUUUAUCAAUGUAUACAGUGAAACUCCUCUAAACUGGACACUUUAGAGACCAAGUAAAAUGUCCCAAAUUAAGGGGGAUGUGGUUUACAGAGGUUUUGUUCUGUACUAAUAUUUAAACAGGGUCCUUGAAAAAUGUCUGGUUUUGAGGGAGUUCUGGUUUUGAGGGAGUUCUGGUUUACAGAGGGUCCAGUUUUGAAGUGUUUCACUAUA